AUGGUGGUGAAGGAUGCCCAAGACUACUACGACAAGUACCAGCAGGCGGACCAGUUUGCGAGGUUGUCCUUGAAGCCGGAGCAGAGUGUGGGUUUGCAAGACCUAAAGUGGGCCGGGGUAGAUCGACGUGGCGCUUCGUUGCUGAUAGCGGCUACACCUGAGGACGUGAAGAAGGAGAUCAUCGCUUCCCUCCCGCUGAUGGUGUUGUAUCGUCCCGGGAGCGCGGUGGAAAAGGGCCAGAUGCUCAAGAAGACCGAAAACCCGGAGCCGGCGAACACGUCGCAGGAGGCCGUCGUUGAGACAGGGACUGGGGAGGACGCGCAGAUGCUGAUGAAGGCGUUCAUGGAGCAGAAGAGCGCCCCAAACAUCAAGGUGCUUCGAGUGGAGAACACUCAAGUCGCGCAUAUCAAGGCUUCCCCGGCUUUGAGAGAGCUGAUGAAGUUUGAGGAGGACUUGGUGAGUAUGUGUCGAAUGGGGCUCCUGGAUUCGGGGGCCACACACGCUCUCAGGCCGCGGACUCCACAGGACAAGGGGGAGAAGACCAGUGUGAGCAUCACUUUGGCUGGGGAACAGAAGGUGCAAAUGGACCAGACCAAGAGUGGCACGAUCCUGGGCGACAAGCAGACACAACCCAUUGUCCCGCUGGGGACAUUGGUGCAGGCACUUGGCUACGAGUUCGCGUGGGAUCGCAAAGGAUGCCGGUUGAAGCACCCUGACAAGAAGGAGAUCAAGGUGUACACCAGGUCCAAUUGCCCGGAGAUUAUGCAGUGCGACGCCUUGAGGCUCAUCGCAGAGUUGGAAGAAGCAAAGUUGUCCGAGGCUAUGGGAUCGCUGGCGACUUUGAGGUCAGCUAUCAUGGCGGCGAAGGACUACACCCAGUGGAGUUGGAAGGAUGCGAUCAAGGAGUAUGUGGCAACGGGGGACAAGGAGUUGUCGGAGGACCGCUACGAGAAGGGCAGGGGUGUGAGGAGUCCGCGUGGCAAGGAGGUCUUGGAGGCGGUCCAGGAUCUCCACAUACGGAUCCGUACGCUGGGGUUCAGGGUGAAGCCGUUGAGAAGAUGGUGCCGUGAAAGCGACAUCUACCAGACUUAUACGGAGGGCCUGGCGCCCGCUCAGAACGCCACGGCAGAGAGCCAUGUGAAGUGGCUGAAGGGCAAGGCCAGGCUUCACCUUCAAGACGCGGAGCUGGACAAGGAGCUUUGGCCGUGUGCGAUGAAGCAUGCUUGCAAGCUGCGCAAUGCCAGGGAGCUCGGUGAGAAGGCCCCGGAGAUAAAGUUUGGAGCAGUUGUCUGGGUGAAGUCCAAGAAGGAUCGUGGACCUUUUGAUCCAAGGUGGGAGAGAGGUAUCUACAUGGGUCCAGCAGAUGAUGUUCGUGAAGGACAUGUAGUGCGGCUGGAUGAUGGGCUGUGGAUGCGGACCUUGCACAUGAGGACGGUGCGAGAUGAUGAAGUGGAGGAUGAAGACGAUGAAGAGUUCGUGGUGGACCUUGUGGAGCCGACCAGGAGAUUGAGAAGGAAGACUAAGCUUGCGGACCCGGAAGUGAGGGCACUUGAUGCAAGGAGUCGCAAGGCGUUGGUGGAGAAGUUAUUGGCUUCCUCCAUUUGGGAGUCUCCAGAGGCCAAGAUAGAAAGGCCACAAAUGAGGGAAGGCGAAGUGUGGGAUGGCGCGGCCUAUGUGGCUGGCGACGAGAUUGCUGAGGAUGGAUCACCGGGGAAGGUCUUUACGUCAGUGGCCCUUGUGAAGAACGCUACUAUGCCGCUCCACAGAGAUGCUUUCAACCCUAAGUCCACGGUCAACCUAGUCUCGCCGUUGAAGGUUUCCAAGGGAAGCUGUGUGUGGCAGGAGAUGAAGCCGGGGGACGAGUUCCAUGCAAAGUACCAUUCGAUGUGGUUUAAGGAAAAGGAGAUCCCGGGCCAGCCAGUGUCGAGCUCUUCUACCAGUUCAAGAAGGGUUCUACAAGGUUUCCCAGAGCUGAGUGGGGAAAGGAUGGAUACCACAGUCCUUCCAGGCGGGAGGGUAGAGCUACGACUUCGCUGGGCAAUACGCUACUGCCCAGAAGGGAGCCAGGAGAAUGUUGUUAUGACAUCCACACCUCUCCUGCCCCUGGGACAUGAUGAGGAGGAGCACUUGAGGAGGAGAGUGACAUGGUUGUCAGAUUUGGUUGAAGAGGAGAGGCAAGUGCGACGAGCUCGAGAAGCCCGAGGGGAGUAUGCAAGCCAACGUGAGCGACAGAUGUUCUACAAGUUGGACGAGGCGAUCAACUAG